UUUGUUAAAAAUAUAUUGAAUUCAGUAAAAUAUGCAGCAGAAAUUUUACUGCAAUGGAAAAUGGUACAUUGCAGAGCCAGAAGGAGAGGAAGAGAAGAUUUCAUGCAAAUUUACUUUGCCCAAUCUAAAACAGUUUUCACUUUCCCUUCGCAGUAAAUAUAUCAGCAAUGUAAAGAAGGUGACUGAGUUAUGGAGAAUAAUGAAGAAACCUGUCAAUAUUGUCUCUGAUUAUAUCACUGAAAUUUUGAAAGAGGAUAGUCCUCCCAAGUCAGUUAAAAAUAUCCAGUGAGAUUUCAUUGAGGUGAAAGAUCAACAAUGCCAAGUUCGGAUGGGCUCAUGAACUCUCAAAAAUCUCAAAGAUAACCAGGACUUCACAAAAGAGUCAUCAAGUUUGGCUAUAAGAAUGAAAAAUUGCAAUUUUGAAAACCGCCCAACCAAAGAUAAAGGGGUUAAUGCUCUUCCUAUUCUCAUGAAGGUCAGCCAGCAUCUUCCAGAAAUAGAAAGAAGAAUUCCUAAAAAGAAGACUGAGAAUUUAAUGAAAAUGAAAAAGAGGAAAAGAAAAGAUUUAAUUGAAGAAGGGAAGCGAGUGAGAUUUAUCGACAUUACUGAGGAACCCAGGAAGAAAGAAAAAUCAAAAAUAAUCGACAAACUCUUGACAAAAUAAGCAAAGUUCUUUACGCAAGCAUAUUAAGUCUAACAAACUUCACUCCUCUGAGAUUCAAGCCUUCUUCAAGAAAACAAUUGGAAAAAUGUUGGAUGAACAUAGCAGCGAGCAAACAAAGCAGAUAAAGGAGACCAUUUAUUCUUACGGCCUUGAAGGUAUUUCAGAGAAACAAGAUUGUAUCAUCACCAAGCAAGAGCAAAUGGAAGAAAGAAUCCAAGAACUGAAGAAAGAUAUCAAUGAUUUAAAAUAAUAAAGAACCUUCAACAGGUGCUAGUUCAGUAAAAUCUGAUGAGACAUUCGGUGAAGGCUCUAAUAAUUAUUGUUCUAAAAGUACUGAAGAAAACUUAAACUGCAAAGCAAAGAUAUCUGAAGAGGUUGAGAUUAGCAUUCCAAAUUUAAGAGAUAAUUUAGAAGAUGAAACCAAUAAUCAGAAUCAAAACUUACAAAGAAUAUCGUCGAAUUCAGAUACUUUUAAAGAGCCUCUCCAUCUUGGUCAAGAAGUAUCAAAAACUCAAAAUAUUUUUGAGACACAUAUUCCUAAUGCAGAACAUCAAAUUACAAAAUUAGACAAUCAAGAUAAAACUGCAGAGUUAGAUACAAAUAAUGCAAUGGAUACUUCCUCUACCCCAGAAAAACCAAAUUUAGAUGAAAAUGGAUGUCAUCAACAAAAUUUCAGUGAAAAUUUGCAACCCAUUGCUAGUGACCAAGAUUUCAAGAAUACUAAAGCAAUAUCUCCAACAAGCCAAAGGAUUUUUGGACAGUUUACAAAUACUCAAAAUCAAGUCCAUAACAAUCCAAAGCCUAUGUUUGAGAGAGAUUACACCAAUCACCAAAAUAGUUCAUGAGUAAAUAUUAAUCCAACAAAUCUCAAUGAAACCUUAAACCAAACUCAUCCUCAAGAAACUAUGUCUUCUCAAAAUAUGUUCAGUGUCAAUUCUCUACCAAACUUAGAAGAAAAAUUAAAGGAAAAAUAGCAAUCCUUUUCUAUCUAUGAAGAAUGCAGCACCAUUAAAUCUAUUCUCAAAUAAUACAGCACAUCAAUCUGUGAAUCAAGACUCUAACAAUUGCUUCAUCCAAGAGCCGACUGGAAGGUCUAGAACUUGCUUUGUUCCGCAUAGAAGAGAAAUGAAUGAUACAAAUUCCCAGCAACAAUCUCAAGGCAGUUUAUUCUUAUUCCAAAAUAAUAAAAAUAGGAAAUUUUAAGAGGAAAAAACAAGAUAUUUAUAUUAGAUAAU